UCUAUUAUCCAACGGCCAUCUUUUAACUUGCAUUUUGCUAGCUACUUGUCUAUCUACAGAACCAUCUUCUCUCUUUCCUUUCAUUCAACCUCUUUUCUUCCUAGCUUUGCUAAAAGAAACUUGCAUAGAGGAAUCCAGAAAGCAACGAAACCAUUUUUGUAGCAGAAUUUCAACAUUGCAUCUUCACGAAAAGGAAAGAAAAGCAAACAAAAGAGGAGAAAAAAAGGAGGGUCUUAGUUUUUCUUACUUGUAUUUGAACACUCGUUUACUAUGAACAUGUUUGAUUCCUUGAGCCCAAGUACACUUGAAGAAGUUCAACGUGUUAUUCCACUGUCUUCUCCUCCUCACUUUGCUGAAGAACAUAUUAUAGCAAAGCUGCUGCUUAAGACCCUUGGUUUUUCCUUCCUGUACUUCCAAACUCAAUUCCCUUGAAACAAUUUCGGGAAAAACAUGUUUUUCCUUGUUUUUACAUUCUUGUCUCUUCUAGGCUCCUCUUCUUCCCACAGUUUGGUCAGUGAUUUCCAUGUUUUGCUUGCUCUCAAACAAGGGUUUCAAUUCUCUGACUCUGCUAUACUAAGCACUUGGAAUGCCUCAAACUUCAGCUCAGUUUGUUCGUGGGUCGGGAUUCAGUGCGCUGAUGGACGAGUUGUGUCGGUUGACUUGAGAGAUUUGAACCUUGGUGGCUCUGUUUCACCGUUGAUUUCGAGUCUUGACCAACUUUCUGAGUUGUCUUUAGCAGGAAAUAACUUCUCUGGUGGCAUUGAAGUAGCGAAUUUGAGUUACCUUCGAUUCCUCAACAUCUCAACCAAUCAGUUCACUGGGACUCUGGACUGGAACUUCUCGAGCCUGCCGAACUUGGAGGUGUUCGAUGUCUAUGACAACAACUUCUCUGCUCAGCUCCCCACUAAGAUUUUGAACUUACGGAACCUCAAAUACUUGGACCUUGGAGGUAACUAUUUCCAUGGAAAAAUCCCUGAGAGCUAUGGCAGUUUCGAAGAGUUGCAAUAUCUUUCUCUUGAAGGAAAUAAUUUGGUUGGGAAAAUCCCAGAAGAACUGGGAAAUCUCACGAAUUUGAGAGAAAUUUACUUGGGUCAUUUCAAUGCUUUCGAAGGUGGGAUUCCACCUGAGCUUGGGAAGUUGGUCAAUUUGGUUAUCAUGCAGAUUACAGACUGCAGUUUGAAUGGUCAAAUUCCUCAUGAACUUGGGAAUUUGAAGGCCUUGAACACACUAUAUUUGUAUACAAAUCAACUCUCGGGUUCGAUUCCGAAGCAGUUAGGCAAUUUGACAAACUUGGUCUAUCUUGAUCUCUCCAACAAUGCACUCACCGGAGAAAUCCCAUCUGAGUUUGUUAAUCUCAAACAGCUCAAGCUUUACAACCUCUUCAUCAACAAACUGCACGGAUCUAUUCCAGACUACAUAGCAGAUUUACCAAACUUAGAGACAUUGGCACUGUGGAUGAACAACUUUACCGGCACAAUCCCGAAGAUUCUUGGCCAAAAUGGGAGGCUUCGGCUCCUCGAUUUGUCUUCAAACAAGCUCACAGGUAUAAUACCGCAAGAUUUGUGUUCAUCGAAUCAGCUGACAAUACUGAUUCUGAUGAACAACUUCCUGUUUGGACCAAUCCCUGAUGGUUUGGGGACAUGUACCAGUCUUAUAAAAGUGAGGUUGGGGCAGAACUAUCUGAAUGGAAGCAUUCCCAAUGGCUUCAUUUACUUGCCUCAACUAAAUUUAGCAGAGUUUCAGGACAACUACCUUUCAGGUACACUUUCAGAAAAUUGGGAGAGUUCAUCAAAACCCAUCAAAUUAGGGCAACUUAAUCUCUCUAACAAUCUUCUCUCAGGAUCUUUACCAUCUUCACUUUCUAAUUUCUCCUCUCUGCAAAUUCUCCUCCUCAAUGGCAACCAGUUUUCUGGUACAAUCCCUCCUUCCAUUGGAGAACUCAAUCAACUUCUAAAGCUUGAUCUUAGCAGAAACACACUUUCUGGUCAAAUUCCACCUGAAAUAGGGAAUUGUAUCCAUCUUACUUAUCUUGAUUUGAGCAAGAACAACCUCUCUGGCCCAAUUCCACCUGAAAUUUCGAAUAUAAAUAUUCUCAAUUACCUCAACUUGUCGAGAAAUCAUCUAAAUCAAUCCCUACCGAAAUCAAUAGGGGCAAUGAAGAGCCUUACGAUUGCUGAUUUCUCCUUCAAUGAUUUCUCCGGAAAGUUACCGGAAUCAGGACAACUUGCCUUCUUCAAUGCAUCGUCCUUUGCCGGAAAUCCUCAACUCUGCGGCUCUCUCCUCAACAAUCCCUGCAACUUCGCAACAACAUCGACAAAACCGGGGAAAACUCCGGCGUACUUCAAGCUAAUCUUCGCUCUCGGCCUGCUGAUUUGCUCUCUAGUGUUCGCCAUAGCGGCUGUAGUCAAAGCGAAAUCAUUCAAAAGAAACGGAUCGAGUUCAUGGAAAAUGACCUCAUUCCAAAAGCUCGAUUUCACAGUCUACGACGUCUUGGAGUGCGUGAAAGACGGCAACGUGAUCGGAAGAGGCGGCGCUGGCAUUGUCUACCACGGGAAAAUGCCAAACGGAGUCGAGAUCGCAGUGAAGAAACUCCUAGGAUUUGGCCCUAACAGUCACGACCAUGGAUUCCGAGCCGAAAUCCAAACCCUAGGCAACAUUCGACACCGAAACAUCGUCAGAUUACUCGCAUUCUGCUCCAAUAAAGAGACAAAUCUCCUCGUAUACGAAUACAUGAGGAACGGAAGCUUAGGUGAAGCACUCCACGGCAAAAAGGCCUCGUUUCUCGGAUGGAAUUUGAGGUGCAAAAUCGCCAUUGAGGCUGCCAAAGGUCUCUGCUACCUCCACCACGAUUGCUCUCCACUAAUCGUCCACCGAGACGUGAAAUCAAACAACAUUCUCUUGAAUUCCAACUUCGAAGCUCACGUCGCCGAUUUCGGUCUGGCGAAGUUCAUGUUCGAGGGCGGCGCGUCGGAAUGCAUGUCGGUGAUCGCCGGCUCUUACGGCUACAUCGCUCNGACUGAAUAUGCGUACACAUUGAGAGUUGACGAGAAAAGUGACGUAUAUAGUUUUGGAGUUGUGCUAUUAGAGCUUUUGACGGGUCGUCGUCCAGUUGGAGAUUUCGAGGACGGAGUGGUUGACAUAGCACAAUGGUGCAAAAGAGCUCUAACAAAUGGUGAGAAUGAAAACGACAUUAUUUGCAUAGUUGACAAAAGGAUCGGGAUGGUACCUAAAGAGGAAGCAAAACACUUAUUCUUCAUAGCAAUGUUAUGUGUGCAAGAGAACAGCGUGGAAAGACCAACAAUGAGAGAAGUGGUUCAAAUGUUGGCCGAGUUUUCUCAUCAGUUUCCCAAAUCUUUCCAAUCUCCCUCUUCUUCUUCUUCUCCCGAUCAAAAUUUGAAGAACGGCGAAAAGGAGAGAGAAGAUCCCUCGAAAUCCAAACUCGAUCUUUUGGUUUAAGAGAGAAAAAAAUGAUUUUUUUUUUUUUUUUU